UAAGGAUCUCUCUCUUGUUUCUUCUCCACUCUUUUUGCCAUAAUAAUCAUAUCUCUGUCACAAUAUAGCAAAGUGAGACACAGAGAGACAGAGAGUAUGGCGACCACACUUCAUUGUCUCUCCACACUCCAUCUUCUUCCUCGCACCCAUCGCCCUAAAACUCUUAACUCUCUCAAACCAACCUCCAAAUCACAACCUUGCAAGACCCCAGAACUACCCAACCCCCUCCAGAUCCUUAAAUCAUCUCCCCUCCCUCUCGCACUCACCGCAUUGCCCUUUCUCAUCGAUCCACAGGAUGCAGCAGCAGCUGGAGGACAGUUUGGUAUCUUGGAAGGACGAUCGUUCGCGUUGAUACACCCGAUAGUGAUGGGAGGUUUGUUCGUAUACACUCUAUACGCUGGUUACUUGGGUUGGCAAUGGAGACGUGUGCGUACCAUCCAAAGCGAGAUCAACGAGCUCAAGAAGCAGGUUAAGCCGACUCCUGUUUCUCCCGACGGAUCCACGGUCGUUGACCCUCCUUCUGCGACUGAGCUUGAGAUCCGACGGUUGACGGAAGAGAGGAAAGAGUUGGUCAAAGGGUCUUACAGAGACAAACACUUUGACGCGGGCUCUGUUUUGUUAGGGUUUGGUGUUUUGGAAGCUGUGUUUGGUGGUCUUAACACUUAUCUUCGUACCGGUAAACUCUUCCCCGGUCCUCAUCUUUACGCCGGUGCAGGGAUAACGGUGCUAUGGGCUGCUGCAGCGGCUUUGGUACCGGCAAUGCAAAAAGGGAAUGAGACGGCGAGGAAUCUACACAUUGCGUUGAACGGUCUCAAUGUUCUUCUUUUCAUUUGGCAAAUCCCAACAGGUUUUGAUAUCGUACUUAAGGUCUUUGAGUUCACGAAAUGGCCUUAAACCCUUCACUUGUUGUGUGUGGUCUCUUUCGCUUUUGUUUUUUUUUUUCUUCUCUUUACAGUUCUAGUUGUUGGACUUGUAAUAUGAGUCUUGACUCUAUAUAUAAGCAAAGUCUUCUGCAAACUUUUUUUUUGUUUUUGUAAAUGCUGAAUUGUAAAAAUUCGUGAGUGGAUGCCGAUACGAUAUAUGUUUCAACAACAUUCUUAGCCA